GCACGCUGCAACUUCACAACAUGCAUUAAUAAGCUACGACACAAGUGCAGGCAUGUAGCAUGCCAAAUCGGCCCCAUCUGGCAAGUUCUCCAACAGCAGGGAUUUCACCCUGACACGUCUUUGGGUCGCAACGAGAAAUGUCCACGGUGAACGGGACGGCCAUUGGAACCCCAUCUGAUGGGACAGAUGAAGAAACUCAAGGUGCAGGGCAACAGGGUGAAAAUGAAGAAAGAAGUGAGGAGGCCGCAAAAGGAAGAACUGAAAGAUCAGAACGAGAGGAUAUGGCGGACUCACAAGUUUACACAGCCACCUCAUUGCCUGAUAUUCCCAAAGAGAACAGGACCAAAUCUAAUCCAUUGGUCCUUGAUUGGGCCUAUGGCAUCAACCAAACCUUACCUGUUCUCAGCCUGCAGGAUAAAGACAGGCUUGUCAUCCUGUAUGUUUGUGCUCAUGUUGCUGUCGUGUACGAUUACUCGUCCAAUUCUCAGCAUCUCUUACAAGGCCACUGCAGUCCAAUCACCUGUUUGUGUGCUAGCGAGGACAGACGCUGGCUUGUGACAGCUGACAAGGGCCAAGAGAGUCUUGUUAUCAUAUGGGACUCGUACACAGGGAUUCCUGUACGGACAUUGUUUGAUUGUCAUCCCGAAGGUGGAGUUUCUGCCUUGGCACUAUCAAAGGAUUCAAAAUAUCUGGUGACUGUUGGAGCUGGAAUAGAGCAGAGAGUGUGUAUUUGGGAUUGGACAAAUGGAAGCGAUAGCCCAGAAUGCCAAGUUGACAUCAGCCCACAAUAUGGUUGCCAGACUCAAAUACUUUUCAAUCCCUCUGACAGCAAACAGUUGCUCAGCAACAGUAAAAAUCAGGUUCUCUUCUUCAACUGGGAAAGGGGACAUCUGGAAUACUCAGCUCCUGAAAUGUCUAACAAGACCUUCAAUGUGGUGUUAGGCUCCCUGAGCCAGUCUAUCUUCCACUGUAAUGGUGUGCAGGCUUUUACGGCCACCUCAGCUGGGAAUAUAGUUCUUUGGGACAAGCAGAGUAAGUCUGUCUCACGUCAACCCCUAGUGAGGAAAGUCAUAAAAAUCAUCCCUCUCCAGAAUCAAGGAAUCUCUGUAUUGACUUUGAUUGACAGUUUUAUAGUUACUGGUGAUGUGAAUGGGCACAUCAAAUUCUAUGAUGAAAAUCUCAAGCUCAUCAUCUUGUACAAAGAAUUUAGUUUGGAUCCCAUUAGAUCCAUUUCCUUUUCCAAAGAAAUGACCUCCACUAACAGCCUAGGAUAUCAGGAAGACUGCACGCUGAAUGCCAAACCAUUAAUCAUAAGAAAUUUUGUGCUCUCUACGACCCGUGCAACUGUAGUACAUGUAAAUGCACAGAGAAAUUUUCCACUGACUCUCCUGGAGGAACAUGCAGAACCUCUGGAAGCAGUUGCCUGCCACCCCAAACAACCACUAGUAGCUAUGGGCAGCUAUAGUGGCACCAUUAAGGUUUGGAAUUAUGAACGUAAAGAGGCUGUCUGCAGCAGAGUCUUCCAGCCCCACAAACACAUCCAGUGUAUUACCUAUGAUCCACAAGGUUUUUACUUGGCAGUGGGCUAUGCCAGUGGGGUUUUGCAGGUUCUUGAUGCUAGUACACUUCAGAGUGCUGGUGAACAGUGUUUGCAGUACAGUCAGGAUGGCAUUACCCACCUCACUUUCUCCCAGGACUCACUCUAUCUUGCAGCUGCGGACACUGGAAAGGCUGUAACGUUUCUCUGUCGAUGUAAAGAGGGGACCCAGGAGAUUUGGAAGUACCAGGGCAGGCACCACUCCCAUUACAAACCCAUUCUGGACCUACUUUUUGGAGUGGAUUUAGACAGCAAUCAGCCUCGCCUCCUCUCUCUUGGCAUGGAUCGCAGGCUGGUGGAGUACGAUCUUCAGAACAGUGCUGAACAUGAGUUGUUCAUUUUAAGUUCUGAUCGAAUCGAGCAGAGUGCUGUACCCACCUGCAUGGUCUGGUAUCCUCCUUUGACACCUGAACAUUUCCUCCUUAUAGCUUCCAAUCUGUAUAAAAUGAAGCUCUUCAAUGCUACCUCCAAAAUGUGCAGAAAAACACUCCUUGGGCCCUCUUAUGGUUCUCCAGUGAAAAAGAUGGCCAUCCUACCCACAUCUAAGGGCGGAGAUCCUAAUUCUUGUUAUAUGGCAUAUAUAACACAAGAUAAGAUUGGCAUUCAGAUUCUGCCUCUGGAUGGAAACCCCCACAAGUCUUUCGCAAUGGUCUGUCACUCAACAGGCGUUUCCACUCUGGCUUGCUCUUAUGAUGGUAGAUACGCUUUCACUGCUGGAGGACCAGACUGCACUGUCUUUUCAUGGGAGCUCUGUUUAUCAUCAUUAGAGGCAUCAGCUGCUCUAGGAGGACAAGACAUGGUGCCCUUCAUAAAUCUUCUGGAGGGAGGGAAAGAUGGACAGCUCUUCAGGGAAAUGGAGGAAUAUUUUUACUACUGUCAACUACGGAAUCAGGACCUCGACACCAUGGAAACACGGCUUGUAUCCACACGCAUAUCUCUAGCUGAUGUGCCCUUUUUAAUGAGAGCUCUUGGCUUCUAUCCCACCGAACAAGAGCUGGAAGACAUGCAGAAUGAGGUGAAGUUCAGCUGUUAUGCUGAAACCAGAAAUUAUGUGACGGACAUCGAUUUAGAGGAGUUCAUUAAGCUCUAUGUCAACCACCGACCUGUCGCUGGCAUUUCCAGACAGGAGCUGUGCAAUGCCUUCCAGGUGCUUGGAAGACCAGAUGAGGGGGGCAGAUAUGCUAUUGCCAGAGAUGGAUUGCUGGAGUUACUACAGGCUAGAGGUGAACACAUGACUGAGGAUGAGUUGGCUGACUGCUUUACAGCACUUUUAGGUGUCAGUUCAGAGGGAGGCAUUUGCACAGAUUCAGAGUCUCUGCUGGAGAGUUUGCUACCUCCUGAAAUCACCAUGGAGACAUUUGCUACAGAUGUCCUGGGAUUUUCUGCAGUCACGCAGGAGCUUCCUCAAGAAGACGACACAUAACGUGCAACAGCUAAAUUGUCCAUUUGAACUAUUCUAAAAUGUAUACUUGAUGCAAAGAAAGAAAUGUAUUAUUUGUAGUCUGUGUAGUGGAACAAUGUAAUGUUUUUUGUUGUCACCGGGCUGCUAUUUCGGUGUAAUUUUUACUUUUCAGAAACGCACUGGCAGAAGAAAGUUAAAUGCGAACAGUCAAGUGGAAAUAAAUGUUUUUAAUUCAA